AUGGACACCUUUCGAGGAGUGUUUACUAGUACUUCUGAUUUUGGAAGCGCACUAGUAUACGCUACUUCCGUAUUAAUCAUUCGCAGAAAUUGUACAUAUGCAUCCAGCAAUAAAUUAGAAGAAUUAUCAGGAGUGGUAUUUUCAAGUCUCGUACAUUUGAAAGUUCUUGAUCUAUCCACUAACAACUUCAAAACAAUUGAUUCUGAAGCCUUAACUUCUCUAAAAAGCCUAGAAGAAUUAUAUUUGGAAGAUAUAGGAUUGAAGAGUCUAUCUAGAAUUAAUUUUGCGGAACUUAAUCUAUUGAAAAAGCUUAUUCUUGGAAAUAAUGAUAUCGAAGCCAUUUUUCAACAUCAGUUUAGCGGCUUAAAUGAUCUUCAAGUUCUCGAUUUGUCCAAAAAUUUAAUAAUUAAGGUGCCUGAUGACACUUUGCAAAACAUGAUAAGUCUACAGACACUGAGUUUACAAUCAAAUCAAAUUAGAAAGGUUAUAGACAGACGAUGUCUCGGAGGCUACACUAAUUUACGAAAGUUGAAUAUCGGGUACAACAAAAUAGCAAGUAGAAUUGUUGUGAAAAUUUUACAGAGCUUUCAACCAUUUAAUGACAAAUUAUGUGGAGAAACGAGUUCAAUAGGUUGCAGACCAUAUUCCAUGUAUUUAAACGACAAUAACUUAACAAGAAUAGAUGUUUAUGAUUUGUUUAAUGUUACCAAUGAUAAGCUGCAGGAAUUGCAUUUAGCAAAUAAUGAACUAACAACAAUUUCAACGAAAAGGAAAUAUAAGUUACAAGCCCUGAUAGUCUUAAAUCUAAGAGGAAACAAAAUCACCACCGUUUGUGGAAAUCGUACUACAUUGGAUCUUUCUACUCCUAAUGUUGAAGUGCUGCAAUUAGAUAACAAUUUUAUAAGAAAUUUGGAAAAGGGUUGCCUUUACAAUUUUUUGAAACUGAAAGUUUUGUAA